AUGGAGCUAGAAAUGGAGAGAAAAAAGAUGGGUGGUCGAGCAGAAAGCGAAGAAGACAAAUGGGUGCAUGAUUCUUCUGUGGAUCAUAAAGGAAGAGUUCCUCUCCGUGCUUCAACUGGUGUAUGGAAAGCCUCCUCCUUUAUCAUCACAAUUGAGUUUAGUGAGAGGUUGAGCUACUUUGGGCUAGCAACAAAUCUCAUCUCAUACCUCACCAAAGUGAUACAUCUGGACCUCAAAACAGCAGCCAAAAAUGUAAACUACUGGGCAGGAGUAACAACAUCGAUGCCUCUUCUUGGAGGGUUCCUAGCAGAUGCCUACACUGGCAGAUUCACUAUGGUCCUGUUUGCAUCCCUCGUAUAUCUCAUGAACCAUCUUUUUAUUCUU